ACAUUAUGUUUUCGAAUGACAUCCCCAAGAGGUAAAAUAUAUAGUGAAAACAAUUGUGGUCCUGAAACGGAACCUUGAGGAACACCGAAAUUUACAGUUGAUUUGUCAGAGGACAAACCAUUCACAGAGACAAACUGAUCUGAUCUUUCCGACAGAUAAGAUCUAAACCAGGCCAGAACUUGUCCGUGUAGACCAAUUUGGGUUUCCAAUCUCUCCAAAAGAAUGUGGUGAUCGAUGGUAUCAAAAGCAGCACUAAGGUCUAGGAGCACGAGGACAGAUGCAGAGCCUCGGUCUGAUGCCAUUAAAAUGUCAUUUACCACCUUCACAAGUGCAGUCUCAGUGCUAUGAUGGGGUCUAAAAAUGAAGACCUACGGUCACACCUACGAGAAACACUGGUGGCAGGAUCUGUUCAGGAUCAUCUUUAGGAUCUUUGACAACAUGAAACUGCCAGAGCAGCAAACUGAGGUAAGAAGCUCAAGUUGAAAGGAACUUUGUGUCAUAGCCAGAAUACAUAGCGUGUGUUGGGCCCUAUUGGUCCUGGUCAAAAGUAGAGCACUAUAUAGGGAAUAAGGUGCCAACUGCUGUAUACUAAUGAGUUUCAUUUUCCACUUUAAACCCAGAAAGCUGAAUGGAUGACCACCACCUGUAACCAUGCACUUUACGCCAUCUGUGAUGUCUUCACUCAGUACUUUGAGUUUCUCAGUGAUAUUCUCCUGGACCAUAUCCUGUCUCAACUGUACUGGUGUGUACAGCAAGACAACGAGCAGCUGGCGCACUCAGGGACCUGUAUAGAAAACGUGGUCAUUCUGAACGGAGUGAAGUUCCACCCAGAGAUGUGGGACAAAACCUGCAACUUUAUGCUGGACAUCUUCAAAACAACCAUCCCUCAUGCAUAAGACCCUUUUGCUAUCACAGGAAGUGCUUUACUCAAAUAGGGAUUUCAUAUUGACUGUCUUGUGUAUGUUUUUUCAUGUUCUAUGAACUUGAACCACCUAGAGGUGAUAACAGCAGUAGAUUGACUCUGUUCUGUAUUGGGCAUCCUCUCCUUAGGUUGUUGACGUGGAGACCAGCAGGAACAGCGGGAGAGCUGAUGCCACUGUACAAACCCUCAAACCUGGACUCCAUAUCCCAGAAGUCAGUAGACAUUCAGACUCGUAUGAAGGACCAGCAGUCACUGUGCAGUGUGGACAGGAUCUCCCUGGAAAAAACAGAGGCAGAGAACGUACAGUGGCUCCUCAGGCACAUAUGAGGACGGCCCCAAAGCUAGGACCCCAGCCAGUGAGUUUGUUUGACGGUUUACGGGGCAAGUCCCUACUCCCUGGCUCCUAGACAGCCCUCCCCAGAUUUUGUCUCACCCAUGCCAAUGCCUUUGUCUCUCAAAUAACAUUUUAUUGGUCACAUACAUGUAUUUUUCAGAUGUUAUUGCGGGUGUAGUGAAAUGCUUGUGUUUCUAGCUCCGAUAGUGAAGUAAUAUCAAACAAUUCACAAAAAUACAAACAAAUCUAAAACGAAAAUAAUGGAAUUAAGAAAUAUAUAAAUAUUAGGGCGACCAAUGUUUGGAGUGGCAUUGACUAAAAUACAGUAGAAUAGAAUACAGUAUAUACAUAUGAGAUGAGUAAAUCAUUAUGUAAACAUUAUUAAAGUCACUAGUGUUCCAUUGUUAAAGUGACCAGUGAUUCCACACCAAGGUAUAUAGGGCAGCAGUCUCUAAGGUGCAGGGUUUAGUAACCGGGUGGUAGCCGGCUAGUGAUGGCUAUUUAACAGUCUGAUGGGCAGACCGCACCAGCCUCUGGAGAGCCCUGCGGUUGCGGGAGGUGCAGUUGCCGUACCAGGCGGUGAUACAGCCCGACAAGAUGCUCUCAAUUGUGCAUAUGGGUUUGUCACUCCUUCUUCACCACACUGUCUGUGUGGGUGGACCAUUUCAGAUCGUCAGUGAU